AAAUAUACGAACAUAGAUUUGGAGCAUUUUGUGUGUUAUUUUAAUCCAUUUCAACGUGUUUGGAUUAACAUUGUGUUUCAGUUCCAUUAUAUUUUUGGUUUAUUUUUUCUUGUUAAUUGUAGUUUUUAAAGAAAUAUGUUAUGACUAUUGGUUGCGAUUGACAAAUUGUUUCACAUUUAUACACGGUUAAGACAGAAAACGAAAUAAAUUGGCAAUGGCGCAAUAUUACCAAAUAAUACAAAGCAUGGAUGACAUCAAACACUUAAAUCUGGAAAAUUGCGUUAUAAUGAAUGAAGAUGGAACACAAUUCAGCCCACGAUCGGUGCUGCUGUCGGAUCCAAAUCAAGUCAUUGAAAAUAAUCAAAUUCCACAAAUAAUCUAUCAGCAAAAUCCACAACCAAAUCAAAUUCAAACAGCUGACGGACAAAUCCAUUAUAUCGUUCAGGAAGAUGAUCUUCAAAGUGAUAAUAUCAAUUUUGUACCACAAGCCACGCAACAAGUUUUCUACCAAAAAAUAGCCACUGACAAUGGUCAACAGAUUAUCCAACACCAUGCAAAAGGACAAGCCGAAAUGCAAAAUACUAUCGAAGUACAGCAAGCACAACCAGUUCAGUAUCAAACCUCACCAACUCAACCGCAAAUUCAUCAACAACCCUAUCAACACAUUGUCAUCAAUACAUUUCCACAAAAUACACAGGUUUUGCAGCAGCAGCAGCAACAACAACAACAACAACAACAGCAGCAGCAACAACAACAACAGCAAGUAAACUGUGUUAUUAGACAAGCACCUCAGAUGCAAAAUACCACAUAUGUGUUCCAACAACCCCAAAUCCAAAAUUCACCCACUCAACAAUUAGUUCAAGUUCAAACGCAUCAGCAAGCUCAAAUUUCCUCACCACAGACUAUGCAAGAAAUUCAAACAUCACCCCAAAUGCAUGCAAAUCGGAUACAAGUACAGUUGGCACAACAACAACAACAACAACAACAACAACAACAGCAGCAGCAGCAGCAGCAGCACCAGCAGCAGCAGCAGCAACACCAACAACCACCUCCGAUUAUAAAAAAUGUUCGACCAAGAACAUACGUACAUCGAAUGGGCGCAAAUCAAAUUCAAAUGGUAACACCGCAAAAAGUUAUGCAGCCAGCCGGGUUACUACAACAAUCACCUAGAUUUCAAACGCCAAUUCGAAGUAAUGCGCGAGCCAUAAAUCCAAAUAUUAGAGCAGCUCGUCCAAGAGCACCGGCAACUCCACGCGUACGUACACCAAUCAAUGUUCGGCCAGCAAUAAAUGCUGUUCAACAGCAACAACAACAGCAGCAGCAGCAUCAACAACAACAACUAACAAAUACAUCAGCUUUGGCCCAACGACCAAGAUUAACUUUAACACGUUUAACAAGUCCAAAUAAUCAUCCGAAUCAAAUUCAACCGAUUAUAUCUGUUGGACCGCCAAAAACCGUAGUUUCAAUAACAACACCGCCAAGAGCAACCAUUCGUGCACCGAUUUACACAAAAACCCAACAAACCGCUCAAACACACACUCAAACAACGACUCCAAACCAAACAUCGGCCGGUGAAGAUUUGGAGGAUUCCAUUCAAGCAGCCCGCAUCACAAAACAGCCAACAAAUCAAACGUCCGAAAAUUAUGCAGUCCUCUCACCAAAUCAAUUAGUUCAACAUCAAAUUAGCGAAGCAAAUGACAAACAAAUUGUUACGCUUCAAAGUGGCACACAAAUGUCGGUGGCCGAAUAUAAACGACAACAACAGGUACCACAAACUAUGAAACAAUUGACCGGAAUUAGGCCAAUUCAACGAGGUGUCAUCCCAAAUAGACAACCAAGAUUUGCAGCACCAAAUAUUGUACGCGGGCAAAGACCAAUUAUGCAGACAGUAAUGGGACCUGAUCAUCAUCAUCAUCAUCAUCAUCAUCAGCAGCAGCAGCAACAACAACAACAACAGCAGCAGCAACAGCAGCAAUUACAACAACAACAACAUCAGCAACAUCCGCCGCCACAACAACAACAACAGCAACAGCAGCAACUAUGUGUAAUUGAAAAAGAAGUGCGAGAAAGUGCUAGAAUGUUAAUAGUUUUGGAAAAUGGUGAACAACGACUCAUCACAUUUACUCUGCCAAAAGAGAGUUGCACCGUUCAAGAGUUGCUCGAACAAAUUGGAGUACCAUUCGAGCAAGAUACGAACAUUCAUUGUAUGGCACAACCUGGCCUUAAUAUUGAUUAUUUGGUAACAGUUGGCGUAAGUUUGACGGAAAAUCCAACAGAUAUAAUAACAGCUGCUGAAAAUUCAAUACAAAUGAAACAAAACGAACAACAGCAACAACAACAGCAGCAACAAAUCUAUCAGAAUACAUCACAAUCGAUACAGGUUGUGCAAAAUCAUGCACAGCAACCGAAAAUCCUUCAGAAACCAACUUCAGUUCAACAAGCGAUGCAACAAUUACAAAAGGCUCAGUCUCAGUCUCAAUUGAAGCAAAAUACCGUAACCAUUACACAAAAAGUUGCGCCAAAAUAUGUGCUUAAUAUGUUUGCAUUGUGCGCUGCAUGCGGUUAUACAAGUCAAAAUCAUGCACAAUGUCAACGAUGCGCCCGAGUUUUCACUGAAGAACCAAAAAAAAUUCCAAUGACAAACGCCACUGUAAUGGCAACUCAACAAAAACCAAAAACAACGGCUUCAGCACAAAGAACUUUGGCCAUAAUUGAAAAGAAUCGAAAAGAAUUCGAACAAAUUCAGAAGAAAUAUCAAAUAUCCGAUGGUUCCAAGCCACCCGUUCGUGCUAGAUUACCAAUACAGAGGGCAAAUACGACCAUAACAAAAAGAUCGAAAAAAGCCGAAGAACCAGUCAUUCUUACCUUAAGCAGUGAUGAAGAUGAUGACGAGAAUACAAAUUCAAAGGAGAAGGAGCAAGGCGAUAAACUGUUAUCAUUUGAACCGAUUUGUAAAGAGAAUAUUGAACCUGAUGGUUUCAUGCGUGAAGAUGUAAUCGAUCUGAAAGAUACAAAUGAUAAAACUAUGGCCAAAUUUAGGGCGGAACGAGUAUAUUUAGGAACAUAUAAAUAUGAACCAACUGAAGAUGUGGUAUUUACAAGUAAGGGUCUACGGCUAAUGGCACCACAUUGUCAGUAUCCAAAGGAAAAGGUUAUUUUAAACAUUCAACGAUCAGAAAUUGCAAAAUUCGUUUGUAAUUUUGCGCCGAAAUCUGUUCUUAUAAUUUACGUACUAAAUACCUGCGGCAAAUAUGUUCGAGAAACUCUUGGAAUGUCAUCGGAAAAUGAGGGUGUUUACUUCAGUCCAAUGUCAUCGACCAUUGGCGAAAAACGAAUUAUGAUUGAAUGUGAAAUGAACGAAGCGGCAAAAUCUGUGAUAAAAUCCAUGUUCCCAUCAAAUAUAUUGGAGGAAAUUUCCUUAAGUGAUACGUCAAUCAUUAAAACUCAAAUUAAAAACGCUGCCAAUUCGGUAGGCUCAAGUAUUGAUGGCAUAAAGACCGAAAAUAACGAUGGCGUUUGUAAUAUUUUAAUUUAUCCACCAACUGGUAAAGGUGGCAUACCAAUCAAUACAAAGGACUAUGACUGUUUGGGCGUUGAUCAAUACUUGAACGAUGUUAUCAUUGAUUUUUAUCUGAAAUAUUUGCAUACGGAAAUUUUGACCGAUGACCAACGAAAUAAAACGCACAUCUUUAGUACAUUCUUUUAUAAUACUUUAACAAAUAACAAACUAUUGGGCCCACCGAAUGAUGUAAAAUUGACACCAGCUCAGAAGCGGCAUGAUCGUGUAAAAAAUUGGACAAAACAUGUAAACAUCUUUGAAAAAGAUUUCAUAAUUGUUCCAAUAAAUCAACAGUCUCAUUGGUUUUUGGCCAUUAUUUGUUUUCCAUCGCUUCGUACCGCGGUAACAUUAGAUAGUAAUCAACCGGUUAAGGCAACACCAGUUGUUAAGAAGAAAACAGCAGCGGAGCGAAAAGAAGCGGUUGCGUUACAAAUUGGUAACACAACCAUUACACCCGUUUCUAAAAAGGAAUUUGAUUCCAUUUGCCUCGAUGACGAAAGCGAACGAGAUGAAGCUGAUGGCGAUGAAAGUGAUUUGGAAAGUGAUGCUAGCGAUAGUGAAUCGACUGAACCACAGCCAGCUUUUCAACCCAUUAAACAGCCUUGCAUUUUGGUAUUUGAUUCGUUGGGCGGUAAAUCGCGAAUUAAAGUGGUGGCGACGCUUCGCGAUUAUUUAACAUGUGAAUACAGAGCGAAAAUAAAAGGUGGCAAUGAUCACACGUUUGAUCGAAAAAAUAUUGUGGGUCAUAAUGUUAAAGUUCCUCAACAAACAAAUUACACCGACUGCGGUCUCUAUUUGCUGCAGUACGUUGAAUCAUUUUUCACGAAUCCUAUAAAAACUUAUCGCCUGCCUAUUAAACAACUAAUAGAUUGGUUUGACACAAUUGUGGUAACCAAAAAACGCGAAGACAUUGUUAAUUUAAUUAAGAAGAAAAUGGCGGAAAGCAACAAAAAUAUCACGUUGCCAGACAUUCAACUGCCCACUGAAGAUGGCUUAUUAGUGACAAUUCCUGACUUCAUGGAAGAGCAUGGCGAAUUUGAAGAAGAAGAAGAAGAUACGGAAUCCGAACUGCCAGAGGAACCGCAACCACCGCAACAACAAGUUGUGCCAGAAAACGAACAAGAAAAAUCUACACAGAAAAAACGGAUAUUUGUGCGAAAGCAACCAAACUCAAAUGACAAUGGAGAAGUUGCGAUAAAAAAACGACGGACGUAAAUGAAACAAAAGGUCUCUGUCCAGAAAAAGAGACAGGCAUGCGUUUCAUAGAUAUCAUAUGAAUUAAAAUUUAAUUUAUUUUUUAUUAAAAAAAAAACGAAUACUACAAAUACACAGCAAAAAACCAACUACUUUUAUAAUCUAUAGUAUGAAAUUUGAUGAUUUUUAUGUAAUCGUCACGUGAAUGCAAAUAACGACGUAAUACAGAAAUAACAAUUGAUGAAAAAGAAUGAAAUUGUACAAUUAAUGAAUACAAAAGAGAAUGAAAAAAAAGAAGAAUUUCAAACGAUCAACAUUGUUUCAAUGUUUUAUUACAUUAAAAUCAAAAAGAAAAAAUUAACUUUCGCACAGAUUAUCUUAAUUGUUGAUUAUUUGAAGAGAACAACGAGCACUUAGUCUCUCUUUUUAAU